AUGUCAAUUCUAGGAUCUAAUUUAGCAAAAUGCUCCAACCUCUCAUAUUUCUAUCUAUAUCUAUAAAACUAGGUAAGUAUUGGUUCAGAUGUUAUGAAAUAUUUAGGUCAUGAGAUUGCUAAAUAUCCUAAAUUAAAAGAAUUGUAUUUAGACUUAAGCUAAAAUAAUUUUGAAGAAAAUCAAUAAUAAAAUCAUGAUUCAGGAGAUCAAUUAAAUAAUAGUCUCAAAAAUUUGACAAUUCUACUUAACUAAAACAAUAUUAUGAAAAAUAUAGCAUAAAGUCUAGAUUUUAGUUUUAAAUAAUUUACUGAUCUUUUAUCUCUAAAAAUUGAAUUAAAAUCAAAUUAAAUUGAAGAUGAGUUUUUCAUUUAACUGACUUCAUAAUUGGCUACCUAAACUAAAUUAUAGACUCUAAUUCUAUCUUUAGAAAGAAAUAAUAUUAAGGCAAGUCUAUCUUAAAAUUUAGGUAACGGUCUAGCAAAUCUAAAAUGCCUUUCUACUUUGGAUAUCAAUUUAAGUGAAAAUGGUCUUGGAGGAAAUGAUAUUUUUGGAUAACUUUAGCUCGCUAAAUUAACAAAUCUAACUAAUUUAAAAUUAAAUUUGAUGCAUAAUAAUAUUGGGGAAAAUGGUACUAAGGCUUUAGCAACAUAUGAUAAUAAUAUCUAAGACUCUGCAUUUGAAUUAGCUCAGAGCCUAACAAAUUGCUCAAAUCUUUCAAACUUAACACUUUGGUUAGGCGAUAACGAUGUUGAGAAGAACAUGAAUAAACUUUACUAGCUUUAUGCUCUAAUUUAAAAAAUUGUCCAUAGCUUAAAUUUCUUAUGCUUUAAUAUUAUGAUAGAUAUAAUUAUGAUAGUUUGCAUUCUGGUGUAUAAGUUAAUUUUAGUUUGGUAAACAGUCUGCUAAAAAUAAAAAAAUUAGUAAAAUAUGAUUUUUAUAUUAAAUGAUUUAGUUUGA